AUGAGCGCUGAAGAGAGCUCGACGGUGUCGACCGCGUCGCUUUUGGCGGAUCAGCGAAAUAUGUUGGAGGGUAGCACGAGUGCCAACGCUGAAGUCAUUGCUGAAGUUGAAGGUGCAAAAAACGACUCGAAUAGGAUGCAGCGCAGGGCCUUGCGUGAGCAACAGCGUCUCCAUCGCAUCCAAGGCCGGUUGACUGACAUUAGUUUAAAUGACAUAGCGACUCUUAGAGAUGGAGGGUACGACUUUUUCAUUGAAAACACGAUAGUUUGUAUUCGGGGCUCAUGCUCGCAAUUUGACGCUCGUGAUGGGAGAACAAAAUUGAUGCCGCCACUGACCCAUGACUGCUGUCAAACUUUCUCCACGAUUGCCGCCGUCGUUCUUUCCUCCCUUGGAUUGGCAGUGACCAUGCAAGAGUGCAGCGAUGUCUCAACCGUGAAUUACCUGUUGUACAUUUCGGCCUGGUUGCAUCAAAUUUCAGCCCCGGUCUGGCCGCAGCGUAGGGCACGACCCACAGUUGGUGAUCUUAAUGCCGCUCUAAGACUUCGCGAGUUCUUCCCAAGUCGAGUAAAUGAGGGAGAAUUUGAGGUACUCUUUUA